UUAUCGAAGGACAUAAACCCUAAUCAUCAUCAUCAUAUAAUUGUAUAAAGCUUCGCCGCCGUCAAGAGAGGAGGAGGAGGAGGAAGUAACUGAUUGUUUACAAUGGCGAAGGUGGAAGAGAUUGAGCACGAGGAGGAGAAUAUCGAGAAAAGGGUGAAGAAGAAAGGUAAACACGACAAGCCGAAGCCAUGGGACGACGACCCAAGCAUCGACCGUUGGACUGUCGAGAAGUUCGACCCGGCAUGGAAUCCCACUGGCAUGCUCACUACUAGCAAAUUCUCCACACUCUUUCCUCAAUACAGAGAGAAGUAUCUUCAGGAUUGCUGGCCUAGAAUCGAAUCCGCUCUCAAGGAAUAUGGUAUCGCCUGCAAGCUGAUUAAGCUUCUUUCCAGAAGUGUCCCUGCUCCUCAGGCUAUUAAGAUUCUAGACGAUGAGAUGCAGUGUGAUAUCAUCAAGAUUGGUAAUUUGGUUCGGAAUAAGGAAAGAUUUGUUAAAAGAAGGCAGCGACUUGUGGGUCCUAAUUCCUCUACCUUGAAGGCGCUGGAAAUAUUAACCAGCUGCUACAUUCUAGUUCAGGGAAGUACUGUAGCCGCAAUGGGUUCAUGGAAAGGUCUCAAACAAAUCAGAAAGAUUGUGGAAGACUGCGUACAGAAUAAAAUGCAUCCUGUAUACCAUAUAAAGGCACUCAUGAUCAAAAAGGAACUGAUGAAGGAUCCAGCUCUUGCAACUGAAAGCUGGGAUAGAUUUCUUCCCACAUUCAAGAAGAAAAAUGUUAAGCAAAAGAAGCCCAAAAGCAAGGAGAAGAAGCCAUACACACCUUUCCCUCCUCCACAACCGCCUAGCAAGAUUGAUUUACAAUUGGAGUCUGGAGAAUACUUCAUGAGUGACAAAAAGAAGUCAGAGAAAAAAUGGCAGGAGAAGCAAGAGAAACAGACAGAGAAGAGUACAGAAAACAAAAGAAAGAGAGAUGCCUCAUUCCUCCCACCUGAGGAACCUGUGAACAACAACAAGUCAACCAAUUCAGAGGAUGGAAAGAGCGAUAUAAACGAGUUAACAAACUCUUUGAAGAGCAAGACAAAGGAGUUGAAAAAGCAGAAGAAGACACACGAGAGAGUGAAUGCAGAGGAUUAUAUUGAUGCUCCAUCUGCUGAUAAACCUUCCAAGAAGAAAUCCAAAAAGAAUAGAGAUUAAAUUCUAAAACUUGUUUUUAUCUUUCAAAAAAAUAUUGAAACAUAUAUGUGUCCAAAGCUAUAAAACAAGUUGAAACUUUGUUUUUUAUGGAUUCAUUGCA